UCUCCAUCUCAUCCAUUCAUCCAUCCAUCCAUCAUGCCCUCUGGAGUCGAAAUCAUCAACGGCAAAAAAACAUUCAUCCCCAUCGAAAACAACCCCGACGUUCACUCCCAGCUAUCUCGCAACCUUGGCAUCCCCACCGCCCUUACAUUCCACGACAUAUUCGACCUCAACAUCGACAAUGACGCCUCCCAAAGCUCUAUUCCCCGUCCCAUGAAUGCCUUAAUCUUGCUCUGCGCCCCUCCCAUCUUCGACCCCGUCCGCUCCCACACAAAAUCCACCAUCCCCACAUAUACCGGCUCCGGGCCCUCAGAGCCCAUCAUCUGGAUGAAACAAACGAUCGGAAAUGCCUGCGGGCUGAUGGCGCUCCUUCACUGUAUUUUCAACCUCGAGGACGGGAAAUACAUCACCCCUGGCUCGAAACUCGACGAGUUGCGCAGGACUGCUAUCGCACUGCCCCCGAAAGAGCGAUCCCAAGUCCUCUACGACUCCCAGUUCCUGGAAGACGCGCAUAUGGAUGCCGCUGUGCGGGGUAGCUCUACUGUCCCCAGUGCCGCGGAGCAUGCAGCUGGACAUUUCAUCGCAUUUGUGAAGGACGUGCGGGGGAAAGUGUGGGAGUUGAAUGGCAGUUUGCCGGGGCCAUUGGAGAGGGGGGAUUUAGGACCGGGCGAUGAUUUAUUGAGUCCUGAGGGAGUGAAGUUGACGGUUGGGGAGUUCGUGGAUGUCGCGAAGACGGUAGACGGUGGGUGGGGGAUUUCCAUCGUGGGUUUGGGGGUGGGGGUGGGGGUGGCUCCGUCAUGA